GGGCUGCUAUGUACCAACCUGAAGGGCAAGACUUUUCAGGGCAUGCUCUCCGUGUAAAAGUUUGUCAUAUCUUCAGUUUUCUUGCUGCAGGCUGUGAACAGGCAAUAAUGAGAAUUUUCUGCAGUAGAGAACACUGUUGUGCUUAGAUCUGGGUCAAGCCUAUUAACUUCUAGUGGACUCUGGAAUGCUGAAGAAAGCUUUGGUAAAAGUCCUAAAGACGACCUGCUGCCAAAUUAAAGUGAGUGGUCCACUGAGGAACCCCAACAUGUCCAGGAGAGAAGGGAGCUGGCAGUGAAGCAGAAAGCAUAUUAUUCUCCAUUAAAUGUUGUGAAGUGUGUCUCCUAAAGAAAGCCUCCAGUAUGGGUGAUGACAUAAAGUUUCACCAGCAGCUUCUAGUCAUCGAUGAAAACCUGGGAACUGAAGAAGUGGAGGCCCUGAAAUUUCUCUGUAGUGACUUGCUCUCCUUCAAAAAGCUGGAAGCUGUAGAAUCAGCUCAGGACAUCUUCCAGCUCCUCAUGGCUAAGGAUUUGCUGAAUAAAGAAGAUACUUUCAUACUAGCUGAGCUUUUGUACAGGAUUAGAUGUCACUUCCUGCUCCAGAAACUUGGCUACACCAAGGAAACAGUGCAAGAAAAUCUACCCUGGAAAGGGAAGGUAUCUCGGUACAGGCAGAUGCUGUAUGAACUGUCAGAGGACAUCACCAGUGAGGAUUUAAAAAGAGCCAUGUUCCUCUUGAGGGACCAGCUCCCAAAGAAGCUGACAAAUAUGUCCAGUCUAGAGCUGCUGACCUGUCUGGAAAAACAAGACCAUUUAGCAGAGAACAACCUGGAAAUACUGGAGAAAAUCUGUAUGGACAUUUCACCUGAUCUCCUGAAAACAGUAAACAAAUACAAAAUGGAAAGAGUUUCUCUAGCUCAGCAAACUGCACAAUUUCCCCAUCACAUCCCUGAAGGACUGUUUCAUUCUGGAGGUGAUGUCAGGCUAUUGACUUCCUUACAGGAGACCCCUAUCAAAUCUCUGGGUUCUAGUAUUUAUGACUCUGGGAGCCUGCGGGAACAUGCUGGGAGUGUGCAUUUCAUAGCUGCCAGACAAGAUGACAAAGCAGUAAAUGUUAUGCAAGGCAUCUCUGAACUAAGCCAGGAACAACCUGCGAGAAUCAGCAACCCAGGAAGCAAAACAGAGAAGCUGAUGACCUAUAAAAUGGAUGGGCCACACAGAGGCUAUUGCCUCAUUAUUAAUAAUUGUAGCUUUACUGGGACUCUUCAGAAGAGGAGAGGAUCUAAUAAAGAUGCUGAGAUGCUGGCGCAAGUGUUUACAUGGCUUGGUCUGGAUGUGCAGACUUAUACUGAUAAGACAUCAGUAGAAAUAAAAAAUCUCAUGCAGGAAUGGCGGUCUUCGAAAGAUCACAGAGACAGGGACUGCUUUGUGUGCUGUAUUCUAUCUCACGGAGAGUUGGGAUUGGUCUAUGGGACAGAUGAACGAGAAGUACCAAUCCGCACGAUCAUGUCCUACUUCACAGCCAGACAAUGCCCGCAGCUGGCUGAAAAACCCAAACUCUUUUUUAUCCAGGCAUGUCAAGGCAAAGAGAUACAACAGGCUGUCUACAUUGAAGCAGAUGCACAGAAUCCUGACUUGCUUCCCAUUCAGCAACUAGUCUCCCCUUCUGAAAGCAUUCCGGAAGAAGCUGAUUUCCUCCUUGGCAUGGCCACAGUGGGCGGUUAUGCAUCUUUCCGCCACAUACAGCAUGGUACUUGGUACAUUCAAGCCCUCUGCAAUAAGUUACAGCUCUUGGUACCAAGAGGUGAAGACAUCUUGUCAAUUCUUACUGAAGUCAAUGAAGAUGUGAGCAAACGUGCAGACAACUUGGGGAAAAAGAAACAGAUGCCCCAGCCAGCCUACACCUUGAGGAAGAAACUGAUAUUCCCAGUGCCUAGAAGUCCACCCCCAUCACAGCAGCAAUAGGAUUUUUUUUUCUUUUCAUUCACGAUCCCAUCUUGCAUUGGAUACCAUCCAGUACAGCCUUUGGAUAAGCCAGCACUCUUAUUAAAUCAGCCAGCACUCUUAUUAAUAAGGUCCAACCAU